UUGAGAAGCCUAGGAAAUCUUAUCAUUGUUUUAGUCGUUUUAAGACCAUCUUUUUGCACCGUGCAUUCAAACGUGAAAUGCAAUCAAUCAAUUCAGAAAGAUGAUCAUUUAUUUCUAUUGCUCGAACAUACGAAUUGCAGAAUCACAUUCCGUUUUUGCAAGCAAAGUGAAGGAAGUGUAGGAGUUCGGAACUUCAUUGAAAAUAAACUUAUUAGCCUAGGUCAACAGAAUCCCUCUGUUGUGAUUUACACGCAACCAGUGCGUAAUGCUAAUCCAACGAUUCGUGCCGAAUAUGGAAACGGGAGGAUUGUACAAUUAAAUGCCAAAAAUAUGAGUAUGGCUGAUGUAGAAAGAGACGUAAAUCUGUUGUAUUCUCGGAGUGGCGAACCUGUGGUGAAGUUGGAGUCUCGACAAAGUUCGCCCACGCCUUCUAUCCAGGGCGAGUGGACGCCGGUGACAUGGUUACCGCCGAGAAUGAACAAAGCUGAGCUACCCGAUCCGGAAUUCUCAAAGCACAAGACAUGUAAUGUGACAGCAACGGAGUACCUGCUGGAGGAACAAAAACGUAAUGAGAACCAGUGAUU